CUUUAUACUUGAAAUUGAACGCCAGAUUUAAGAGCCAUAGCGUGCUUGCGCAAGACGGUGCCACUGAAAGUGGCUGACACCACGCAGUCUGGCGACAUAUAUAGGCACCACUAUCAGCGUUCAUGAGAUAGACAAUCAUAGAGAAGAAGCUCUUGUGAGCUAGGAGAUAUGGCCUUGCGAGCAUCCCACGUGUGGGCGCCCGCCGUGCUUCUGGUGGUGUUGCUGGGGAUACUUCAGACAUCUAAAGCAGUGGAUCCACUUGUCUUACAGCUAGCUUCCGGAUGGAAGGUUGUGACGUAUUUAAACGUUUCUACGUGGGAAACAGCGGUGGAGACAUGUGCGACCACCACACUGGUGGGGGAGCAAGCCGCGCUCAUGCCGUUUGCGAUGGCGCCCCAGAUUUUAAUUGAUCUGACCGUUGAGAGCCCGGCGGACGCUCAGACCCUGGUGGUUUCUAUCCGUGAGGUCAUUGCCAAGACUCCACCAGCCCAGGAGACAUGGGAUGUCUGGACGUGGGACGACCGACGCACCUGCCGCUCGCUGUCGUACAUCAACUCGGUGGACACGCAACCGGGGCAGUUCUUCCUGACGGACACGCGCCCCUGCACCUACGUCCUUACCUUCAUUUGUCUGGCGGAGGCCUUCAUCACAAGCGAGGGGCUCCAGUCAUCCACUGCCUGGUGGCGGAGCUAUCGCGCCACACCGGAGGUGCGGCCCGCGCCCAGCCCCUACGCGGCCGGGCCCGCCGGCAGCGGCCUGACGCUCGUGAGCACCUCCCUGGUCAUCGGCAACCCCGCGCCCACCGCGCCCUCGGCUGGGCUGCUGGUGCCGUUCGACGAGACGGCUGAGUUCUGGGCCAAGGGGCCGCCGCUGACGGCGCUGUACAGGACGGGCAACUCCAAGCUGCUGGGCCUCCUGCCCAUCCGUGAGGCAGACAUCCCCCUGGCCUACGGCUACUUCGCGAACCAGACCCAGACCCGCUACCCGAUAAUCCCCGGUUCCUUUGGAUACAACGCACCCUUCGCCAGCCCGUGGCCCGGCUGGGAGGUCAUUAACGUCAUUGCCGGGCUCAACGACUUCAUCGUACGAGUGCAGGGCUGCUACCGGUCCACCGAGGUGGAGACGCUCUUCCUCAUCACACGCACCGGCCGCAUGUUCCAGAUAGGCCGCGGCGGCUGCACCCACUGGUUCAGCGAGGACGCGCCGGCUGGCGGCUACCUGGCGGGCUUUGCGGGCGUGGCCAUGAACGCCACAGCCUGGGCCGCGGCGCCGCCCUUCGCCAACAUUGCGCCACAGGAGCUGGCGUGGCUGCCGCAGCUGCGCCUGAUUUGGGCCGCGCCCGCCGGUGCCGGCCCGCCGACCACCGUCCUGCGCGGCCCCGCGGCCCUGCCCUCGCUGCCGCCGCCCAGCUGCCCCACCGCCCUCGCCACCACGCGCUCCUCCUCGCCCUUCCUGGUGCCCGAGUGCGGCGGCACCGGCUCCGCCUCGCCCUUCCCGCUCAACCCUCUGUGCCCCUCCAGCUCCUGCUGCGGCGGCACCACCAACGUGACUGCCAACGGCACCGCGCGCGAGUACCGCUUCUGCGACUCCACCCUGCAGACCUGCCAGCUGAGCUGCCUGCGUUCCUUCGGGCUGUGCAACGCGCUGCCGGAGCGGCCGCUGGUCCAGUUCCUGCGCUCACAGCCCGAGGACCUCCACUCGGCCAUGCUGCGAUCCAGCGCCACCCAGUCGGCGCCCUCGGCCGGGCUGUUCUUGGUGCGGCAGGACAGCCAGCAGACCUAUGCGGAGGCCAAGGCCUGGUGCAGCUCCAGCACGCACAUGGGUCUGUCCUGGAGCCUGCCCACGGUGCAGGAGGUCAUGGCCUGGCUGGUGGCGCAGGACGUGCGGCGGAAGGCCUACCAGGCGCUGGCGGCGGCAGGCUACUUCUGGGUGCAGGGCCACGACACCUACAUCGACCUCGUCGCCAACAGCGACACGCCCGACGCCACCGUGUGCCUGCACGCCUCCUACGCGCUCGUGUACGGCAAGGACGCCUACACCAACUUCAUAGUGCCCGUGUCCUGCAUCAAGAACGGCGUCACGGUGUGCAAGGCCGCCGCCAGCCAGGGCACCUCGGCGCUGCCGGCGCUGGCGCGCACGCCCCCCGCCGACGCGAGCAGCGGCACCGCUGCCAAUGCGACGCGCUGGACGCCGGGCUACCACGUGCUGUCCCUGUCCCGGCGCCUGGGCAACGGCCCCUUCAGCACCGGCUCCUGCGCCUACACCGUGGGCGUGCCGGGCCUCGCCAACGCCUCCAACCCCAACGCCACCACCACCACCACCGCCACCACCCUGGCCGGCGCCGGACUGGCCGUGCCCGCCCACCUUGGCUCCAUUGCCGUCAGCGCGGUCACACAGGUGGCGGCGGAGCCCACAGACGCAUCCAGCGUCCUGGCUGCUUUGCGCAUGCUGCCGUUUGGCGGCGGCGCCGCGGAAGUGGCGGGCGCGCUCGCGGGCACCGUCAGCACCGGCGGCUGGGACGCCUUCGAGCUGGCUGCAGGCGAGGUGGUGACUGCCGUCAGCGGCUGCACGGGCGGCUUCGUGGAGCGGAUGGUGUUCCACACCUCUGCGGGCCGGCUGUGGACGGCGGCGUACAGCCCCAACUCCGUGUGCAGUGUGCCCUUCCUGGAGUACGCGCCCGCUGGCAGCUACCUGCUAGGCCUGACCGGCUCCGUCGGCUCAUACAUUGAGUCGGCGCAGCUUGUGUGGGGAAGGCCGCAGCUUGCGCCGCCGCCGCCGCCGCCGCCGCCGUCGCCGUCGCCGCCAGCGCCGCCCUCACCAGCGCCGCCCUCGCCAGCGCCUCCGGCGCCGACGAACAACGGCACCCUGCAAGAGGGCGGCCUCGCGCCAGGCUCGCCCGUGAUUGACGGCGGUAGCUCCGACAGCAGCAGCAAUGCCGUGGCGUUGGGUGUGGGCAUUGGCGUCGGCGUCGGCGGCUUCUUACUAAUUGUGGCGGGCGUCGCUGCGUACUUCUGGUGGCGCCGCCGCAGCGCCGCUGGCGGUGCCGCGGCAGGCAAGGCUGGUGCCGGCGGUGCUGGGGCCGGUGCGGCCAACAGCAUUGGCAAUGGCAAGGACAACGACAGCGCCCCGUCGGGUGUGGGCACUGUGCAACUGACCCUGAUGGGUGAGCCUGCCACCGGCACGCCGGCUGUUGCCGCCGCCGCUGGUGCCACCGGAGGCAAUGGCGAGGCCGCUGCCGCAGUUGCGGCUGCCGCUGCUGCCACUACUGCUGGUGCUGCAGCUGCUGCGUCGGACACCAAAUCGCAGGACGCGAGCGGCGCUUUCGCCCAGAUUCCAGGCUCCAGCUCCUCAGCCGCAGUCGCGUCAUCCAACCAGGCCUCCUCCACCGCCGCCGCGACCGGCAGCGGCACCGGCAGCACCGGUGCCAACAGCAGCAACGGCACCGGCACCGGCACGGGUACGGGUACGGGCACGGGCAGUGCCGCCGGCACCACCUCUGGAGCUGUCCCUUCAGGCGGCGCAAGCGCUAAGGCCGACGCUGGCGCCAAGGCGGCUCCUGCCGCCGGUGCGGCUGGUGCGCCCGCUGGGGCAGUGGCUGCGGCCGCAGGCGCUGUUGCUGCCGGCGCCGCGGCGCGACAGGUGGCGGUCCUGCCGCCUGAUGCCUCGGACCUCUCCAGUUUCGUGACUCAGGUGGAAGACAAGCUGAGCGCCUACAUCAGGGCGGGAGCCACCACCGACGCCGUCGGCGACGACAAGCCUGAGGGGCCGCCUGCUGCUGCGGGCGCCGCCGCGGGCGGUGCCGGUGCCCGCGGGGCUCAGAAGCCCGGCGCGCCCGGCGGCGGCUCCGCCGCUGUCGCCGCGGCGAUGCAGAAGACCGACAUUGCUUCCGCCAUUUCCAAGUUGCAUGCGGAGCUGUCGGGGCGCCAGGAGCAGCUGAAGAUCCAGGCGGUGCUGGGCAAGGGCAGCUUUGGAGUCGUGUACCUGGGCACCUGGCGCGGCCUGCGGGUGGCCGUCAAGACACUGGUGGUGCACGACGCACUGCUGGGUCGCGAGGGCCGGCAGCGCCACCGCGCCAUCCUGGAGGCUGCCAUCUCCAAGUCACUGCAGCACCCGCACUGCGUCUCCACCUACGCCGCAGAGGUGAUGCCGCUGGCCGCGGUGGAUGCCACGGCGACGGCGGGCAAGGGCGCGGCUGAUGAGGCUGGCAAGGCCGGCGGCGAGCGCAACAUGUGGGACGGCGUGGGCGACGUGUACAAGUUGUACAUCAUCCAGGAGUUUGCGGACGUGGGCACUCUCACCGCCGCACUGGGCGCGGGCGUGGUAGGCAGCGUGUCGGCGGGCGGCGCGGCGGCGCUGUGUGCGCUGACCCUGGCCCUGGACGUGGCGUGCGGCAUGUUCCACAUCCACUCCAAGAACAUCGUGCACGGAGAUCUGUCGUCUUCGAAUGUGCUGCUGGCCAGCUGCAUGCGCGGCCCCGAUGGCCGGCCCGAGGUGCUGUACGACACCAGCGCGCCCGAGACCGUGGCGCGGCAGCCGCUGGAGCCGCUGUGGCGCCCGCCCGUCAUCGCCAAGGUGGCGGACUUUGGGCUCAGCGUGCCCAUGGCUGAGGACCAGACCCACGCCUCCAACCGCUUUGCCGGCACGCCCGCCUACGCCGCACCCGAGGUCCGCACCAUGGGUCGCAUGUCGAAGGCCGCUGACGUUUACGCGUACGGCGUGCUCCUGCUUGAGCUCUUCCACGGUGUUGACAUCACCACCGUUCGCGCCAACGCCGGCGCCGCGCCCCUGGCCACUGACGGCGCCGCCGCUGGUGACGGCGCGGCGACUGCCGCCGACGGCGCUGACGCUGAGGCGGCGGCGGCCGCCGCCGCUGACCGACUGGACGAGGACGGCUUCCCCAUGUGGGCGGCGCCGCCUCCGGGCUGCCCGCCGGAGAUGGUAGCACUGUUGCGCGAGUGCCUCUCGCAGGAGUCGGCGGCGCGGCCGUCUUUCGGCAAGGUGAUUGACGUGCUCGUGCGCGUGCUGUACGACGAUCACAUCAAGUACCAGCGGUUGGUGGCGGCCGCUAUGGCGGCCGGCCACCAAGUGUAACUGCCGUACAUUGGUACGGCACCUAAUGGAAAUGCGUCUUUGAUACUAGCAGUUACGUUCGCAGCAGUUCUUUGGCCGGCGGGUGUGUGUGCUGGCGGGUGCACUGCUAUGGGGGUUAUGGCCUGCAGGCAGACAGCAGCCUAAGGGGUUCUAAUAUAAUAACACUUGAAUGGAAGCAAUGCGUGUGUUUGAGUGGCAGAGGUCCACACGGGAGAGAUGCUUUGUCCGAGAUCCCGAUAUGAUGUGCACUUAAACUAAUCACAUUGCUGCACGGUCCUAGGAGCGAGGCGCACGGGGACACAUCUCGACAACGAAUAUUCAAAACCAUACUUUUGACCGGACUCGUGAGUUGGGGCCUCAACCAUCAAAGUAGUGCGAGGUUCAAACGCCGUAAGUGCUCUUCGGUGUCAGCGCAGGUGUGAACAUUGUGCGUGCGUGCGUGCUUGCAUGCGCACUUGCGUGCGUGCGUGGGUGAGUGGGUUACGUGCCCGAGCCCAAUGAAAUAGCCGUAAUCCCCUUCCGCCUUCAAGCUCGCGGGUAGGUGCGGGCGGGCGGGCACGGGAUGCCUCGGGUGCGCGCAACGCAUACUGGAAGCUCAAAGCGGAGGUUACGGAUGGUGCAUGUCGGGCGAUGUGCUGACAGCAUUUGGUGGAGGUGAGGUGGUGGCCUUGUGGGCCUCGCCGCAAGCGGUUGCAAUGUUAUGGACAUAUGGAUGGGCACAGGAUACAAUCGAGAAUGUGAUUACUGGAUGGGGGCGGCGGCUGGUCAAAUCAUAGAUCUGGGGUCCCACGGAACAAAGGUACAAUGGGGUUGCAUACAUGCAGAUGCAGUGGGGCUUUUGGCUGUUGGUCCCACGAGAAAUAAAGCGAGCACAGCGGUUAGAACUGGCGGAUACUCAGGUGGCAUGUGCAUGUUGCAUUUGCGCACACCAUUACCACCCUUGCACACUACAUUGCAAGAGCACUCAAUGCUCGGAAGUGCUCAGUGCCGUCUUGAUUUGAAUUACGUGGAUGCACAUGUUUAUGAUGUGCAUUGCCACGGGUAAUUGCUCGCCCGGUCUGUCCCGAGGCGGGGUUUAUGUGAUCCUGUUGGUAUGCGUUAAUCUCUAUUCAUAGCAUAGCGACAGUUCACGGCUGCUUAAAAAAUAUGUGCAGAGCACGCAUUCGCAAACGCUGUUGCGCAAGGAAACCGUUGAGGCAGGUGAACUUUUCAUGCCAGGGUGGCCGAAUCGUGAUUUGCGCAUUUGCGGUUAUGGGGCUUGCACGUUGGCCUUGGAUCUGCGGUGUCGGGUUAUAAGUUGUGUGCACAAGCAGGUCAAUGAACGCAUGCGCAUACGAUGUUUGAAUUGUAUGUCAUGCACCGGGCACAAUGACUGGGCAUGGAAGAGCAGGCAGGCACACGCACGUGCAUGCAGUGGCGACGAUAGCAUCCUUCAAUUGUGGGCGCUGGCACUGGCUUGACAACGCCAAGCACGGCCACGCAGAGCUCCGUGGGCUGAAGCUGGCACGCGUGUGGAGAGCACAAUAAUGGGCACAAUGCUUUGAUGGCGGAUGAGAAGUUGAGUUUUGUGAAGCAGUAAUCGGUUAAGUGCUUCCUGGUGCCUUCUAGAGGGCCCCGAUGACUGCUGCAGAGUGCAGAGGUGUGCUGACGAUUGUGGAUUGGGGUCGGGGCGCCGACGCGCAAGUCAUGGCCAUGUCCUGUAUGGCUGUAUCCCACCGCGGGUAUGUCACGUGAGUGCUGGAGGAGUGAGGUUGGCUUCAACGGCUUGUAAUCCAGUGUGCUG